CAGCCUACUGUCAGCCUACUGUCAGAACCCGGAACUACAGCAGCUAAGCUGAGCUUCAAAGCCGGUCACGUGAUUGUGUUUUGAAAGCGUUUGAAACGCAGUUUGUAAACUGUGUGUCGAAGCCUGAGGUUUACUGCAAUCUGAACGCUUCGAACUCGGGUGUUGCUGAAAUUGUCACCGUGAAUAUAUUCAGAGCGGUGCGGCUGCGGGAAAGCUGGCGGAGGCCUGACGAAGCAGCGGACUGUGUUAUAGAUGCAUUCGUGCCACAGUACGACCUCUGCGGCUGUGGAUCUGGACUCAAGCGGCCUCUUCACCCAGAGCUCUGCAGCAAAGAAACAUGGUGCUGUUGCUCCUCUGCAUCUCUAGCAGGAGGGUUCGGAGCAGCCUGACUGCCACUCCCGUCUCUCCCCCUCCACACUUUGCUCCACCAUGGCCAGCAGGAGUCCUGACCUGAGCCCAAGAGCUGAGGAUUCUCUCUCUGGAACACCUGUGGCUGGCGCCAACCCCACCAUGGAUCCUGAGCAGUACUGCAAGCUGUGUCUCAGUGAGCAGCCAUCUGCAGCCACCAAAAAGCUGCAGUGCUGCAGCUGCAUCUUCUGCACCGUGUGUUUGCAGCAAUAUGUUGAGCUGUCAAUCAUGGAGGGUGGGGGGGCGCCCAUCACGUGUCCCGACAUGGCGUGCCAAGAGGGAGGAGUGCUGCUGGACUCUGAGAUAACGAGUCUGGCGGCAGCAGAUCGGGUAGAGCUCUAUUUGCGGCUGAAGUUUGAGCGAGGAGUGAAGCUGGACCCCAGUAAAGCCUGGUGCCCAGUGUUAGAAUGCCAGGCGGUGUGCAGCGUGAAGCCGAGCACUGAGAGAGAGCCCGUUGCCGUAUCCUGCUCAGCCUGUCACACCGUCUUCUGCUCUGGGUGCAGAGACCUCUGGCAGGAUGGUCACAUCUGCCUGGAGCCCCAGCACAUGAUGUUGCCCUCAGCAUCACGUCAAAGCAGGACCCAUUCAGGCAGCGACACUGACGUUCCCAUCAAGCAGUGUCCUAUGUGUGGAAUCUACAUCGAGAGGAACCAGGGCUGUGCCCAGAUGCUGUGUAAGAGCUGCGAGCACACCUUCUGCUGGUACUGUCUGCAGAGUCUGGAUGGUGACAUCUUCCUGAGGCAUUAUGAUAGGGGACCAUGCAAAAACAAGCUGGGACACUCCAGAGCCUCUGUUUUAUGGAACCGGACGCAGGUAGUUGGUAUCAUGGUGGGCGUGACCAUUAUCGGGCUCGUCACCUCACCGCUCGUCCUCCUGGCUUCACCCGUCAUCCUCUGCUGUCUGUGCAAACCCUGCAGAGGGAACAAGAAGAAGAAGAAGGGCCUGAACCAGUCAGACGCCUCCACGUCCCAGGAUCACUAAUGGAACUACUGCAGUACUCUUUUUGUUUAAAUUGCCCAGCAGAUCAGACUACUGUUGCUGGCCUGGAUUCAUUAUGUGCAGAUCUUCACGUCGUCACGCUGCGGAUCAGAGCUGCUUUGGCCCUUUCUGUUUGGACAGAGUGAAUUCUGAUUUAAACCACGUAAAUGCUCAAAUAUCACUCUCGGAAGCAACUUCUUAGACUUUAUACGGUGAAUCUGUAAAUAUUUGGAGAAUGAAUGUAACUAAUAAUUGCAGAUGCAUGAGAGGUUGCAAACUGAAGAAGGCAGCAGUGAGAGUUUUUAUUUUGACCCCCCCGGUCGGGGCCUGUCCUAUUACUCACUACACAAACACAUACGCAGUUCAAAUGCUCACCCUCGUGUGCAAAAUGUCAUGAUGCCAAACCGGAGGCAUUGGGCACUCAAGUGCCUUGCUCUACAGUGCCUGGUGCUGCUUUGUUUUGCCUUCCAUCCUGUCUUGAUCUUAUGCAAAAUGUGAGCAUUGUUGUGGCUGAAGAUGGACAAACAUCAGGAUUGAACAGGGCUUAAAAUCAUUUAAAAACAAUGCAAAUCUCUUUGAUAACAGGAGAAGACAAACUGCGUGUGCGCACACACAGACACACACAGUAUAUUCUAUGACAGGACUUCAGUGUCUGCCUUGGCUGUAUGUUCCACACCAAAGGCUCUAAAGAAUCGAGUGAACUUUUCUAAUGUCUGUUAAUGGGUUAUAAGUGUAUGGUGUCAUCAUUUCUACUUUUCUGUUUGUGUCAAAUAUUUUAUAAAUGCACCAUUGAAAUAAACAUG